AAACAAAUAGAAACCGGAAGGGUAUUCUCGUAUUUCAGAAAAACCCGCCGCGUGGGUUCGACGGUUACGACUCUCUCAACUUCAUUCAUUCAUUUGAAAAAAACUCACUUUUCUCCUUUUAAUUCUCUCUUCCUCUUUCUAAGAAACCGAACCAAAAAAAAAAAAACCCAACUAAAAACUUAGUCUUUUGUCUUCACAAAAUGGGAGAUUGUAGACCUCUAGGUUUCUUAAUAGGACUACCAUUUGCUCUUGUUGCUCUCGUUCUCGCCCUCGUUGGUGCUGUUAUCUGGAUCAUUGGGACGGUAUUGAGUUGUUUGUGCCCAUGUUGCUUCUGUUUCGCUGCGCUGGCUAACUUCGCCGUUGAUCUCAUCAAACUUCCUAUCAAAGUCCUCCGUUGGUUUACCCACUCCAUUCCUUGUUAACAAAACCACUUGUUGUAUUUCUUUCUUAAUUUAUCACUAAUUAUUUGUUUUAUUCCUUCUCGUUUUCAUGUAAUUUUCUUUUGUAAUCCAAUUUUUUUUUUUCUUUGAAAGAAGGGCUUAUAUGAUAUAAGACAACCGAUUCGUUCACAAAUCCAUAAUUAAAUUGAAUCUAAAAAGCCAUAUACUACGGAUUUGGGUAGAAUAAUAAAAAGCUCACUU